GGCCUGGGGGUAACAUAGGGGAAGGGCAGAGAACGGAGGGUGCAGUAGGAUUUAUUAGUCACACACAGGACUCCUAUUGGCAGGGAGUUUUAUACUCCAUUAUCCGCCCAUUCCCUGUGCAGAGAGAGCAGGGGAGCGAGUGAGUGGACUGAGCUCCCAGCCUGGGUCACUGCUGCAGCAAUAGCAAAUUAAGCAAUUAACCACCAGCUUCCAGCAUCUGAAUGGUCUUAUUCCCGACCUGAGGUGGGGAGCGGAGGAGCCCUGGGAGAUCACAUUACCUGCAGUGAUGUUUCCCGGUGUGUCGGUCCCCAGCUGAACAAUUCCGUCCUCUGCAACGCCUGGAAGCAGACAGUGUUAGCAUGUGACCGUAAUAACGUGGAACGUGGAGUCUUGCUGAGUUUCUGCUGACCAAAAGUAAUGCACAGUUAUUCUGCCAACAAGCCCAAAGUGUGGAAGGCACCGGAGCUCCACCGCGCUGAGACGUCAGCCCCCCUCCUGUGAGAGCCCGUCUGCCGGAGUACAUUGCUGAGCGACCUGCUCUGUUUUAUACGAUAACUGCUAUUGAUUCUUGUAAAAGACAAAAUGAUUGAUCUUGGCUUUUUAACGGAAGCCGAGCAGGAGGCUAUCCUGCAAGUCCUGCAAAGAGACGCUCAGCUGAAGAAGGCAGAAGAGGAGCGCGUUCGUCACCUACAAGAUGUAGUCAGCGAUGAGAAUGAGCUGAAGUACAAAAGCGGUCAGUGGUUUUACGACGCAAAAUCAAAGCGGCAUAGUGAUAAAAUCCAUGGAGCCGACCUCGUCAGGGCGUCCAUUAGGAAACGCAAGAAGCCGGCCACUAUAGCCGAGCUAAGUGAGAUGAGUAGGAACCAGUCAAAGAGGCGCUCCGUGAACAGUAUCAACAAAGACCUUUUUAUUCCUCCAGAGCUGUUCGGUGUCAUGGAAGUGCCGGAUGAAGCCGACGAAGAUCUAAAGCCAAACAAGGUGGAAGCUAACCAGAGUUCAAAAAGAGUGAGCUUCAUCCCUAGCGAUAAAGACAAGGACAUCUUGAAGAAUGGCCUGUCGUCACCUGCCAAGCAAAGAAAAAAUCCAUUCAAUUCAGAAGGUUUAGAAGACGUGACAGGCCUUGGCAGCGACACAACAGAUUCAAAGCCCCAAGAUGUCCAAGUGAACGGGCAACCGGAAGCGAAGCCUGACAUCAUGUCAUCAAUAAUUAAGUACGGUGUGAAAUUACCUUACCCAGAACUAAAAGGAGGCAGGAGCAUUUCACAGAAGACCGCAGAUGACAUUCCACCAAAACCUGACGCCAAACAUCCUGUACCAAAGCCAAGAACAUUUUAUACCAAUGGCCAGGUCCCACAACCGUCUGACUCUUUCCUCAAAAGGGAGGACUCCAUCAAUGGCACGAACAGACGAGGUAUAUUAAAACGUAGGUCCAGUUCCAGUUCUACAGACUCCGAAAGCGUAAGAAUACCUCACAGUGUUGAUUCCAACAAAAUAGUAAUGCCUGUUUCCCCCAUUCCCGAAGCUGGUCAGAAUUAUUUAUUUGAUGAACAACUUGCAACUUCUGAAGGCUCACCAGACAGGCAAAAACAAGUGAGGUUCUCUGAGAAGGUUCUUCAGAAACCACCUUCUCCAAAGCCAGAACCCUACAGUGUAAGAGAGACUGAUGAAUUUGGCAUCCUAGAACCAGGUGUCCAUUUAGGGGACUUAGACAGUGAGUCUGUACUAUUUCAAUAUCCUCACUCUGCCGUGGAUUAUAAUAACUCGGCUGAGGUUCUUGGACAAAAUGGCCUUCAGGAAAAAACUUCAAUCUCCUCUUUGGAUGCUGAAGAGCUUCUGGUUGACCCAGAUGAAGAAAUAAGCAAUCACAGAGUACCGCCCAUUUUGGAAGAAAGACAUCCUGAGAGAAGCGUUGAUUAUAAUGGUACAGAACCCUUGUACGCCGUUGUGAACAAGACUCCACAAUCCGCCUCGUCGGAUCAAGCACAAGUGUUUGCUAUGGAAGAUGCUCAAACGGAACCAAGGUUCCUUGGCCAAGAAGGGAAGACUCCCAAUAUGCACCAGAGUGAAAAACCACUGGUGUUUGGACAGAGCUAUGGUGGAGGUGGUAAAAUAAGUUUUGAACCCCGCUAUCCCACUAGGAUACCCAAAGAGAGCUACAACUUCACCAGAGAACAGGUCCUGGCUCCAGAAAGAGCAGCACAUGUCGAGUCGCCCUACUAUGACCUUGAAAAUAAGACAAUGACUAUGCCUCAAUAUGAUGAUGACUAUACAAUGUCUGUAGCAACAUGGAAACGACCAGUUAUCUUGGAAAACAAAGAAUCGUUGAGAAAGCCAACUACUGAUGAUACUGAGCAGCAAAAACCAUUUACACGUACAGUGCAAAAUGUCCCCAAAGUUGAUUUUAAGGAGGCUGAUAGGCUAUCAAAUACAUACCCAGAAAAUGAGGUCCAUUCCAAAUAUUUCCCUGGAGAGUAUAAAAGGGAAGCUAAGUAUGAGUCUCUCUUCCACAGAAAUACACACAAUGUUAAUGAUAGGCCAGCUGGGCCAACUUUAACGUCGGCCAACUUUAAAGUAAUGUCUUUGAAAGAGAGAAUGAAUGAAUUGCCAAAGCAACAGAUGUCCGACCCUGCACAAUUCCAAAGCUUAAAACAUUUCUGGAAUGUAGAAGAGAAAAAUUCACAGAGAGCAGAUGUUGGUACAUCGCCAAAUAAACUCCCCACAGACAUCUUAAGCAGAAACAAGCCUACUAGAGCUGAUCUCAAACAAAGAAACUCCAAAGAGAUGCCAGCAGAUGACCUCAUACUCCCUAACACAUUUGACAUCCUUUCUGAUGAGGAACAAAACUCUCAGAAAGUAGCCUCCUGGUUAGCUCAAACACCCACAGUUUAUGGGGUCGAUCAAGUGGAUCACAGAAAAGAACAGUUUGAUCCUAGCGAAGUGACUGAAAAUAUCCAAAUAUCAUCAGCCAAUAAAAAAAACAACGCUGAGGAUUUUACUAGUUCACUUCAAAAACUCCAAAUGGAAGCUUUGGAAUCCCCCAGGAUUACUGAGCCAGAAAAGUUGCAAACUCAGGAAAUUUCUGCGGCUUCCCCGAAUUCUAUGGAAAAUACAUCUGCUGCUGCCAAUAUUAAAUCUACAGAUAGAAGUUUUUAUGACCAAGUCCUAAAAAGAAGUAACGAGCCUUCCACUUUUAAAGAAACAAAACCUAUAGUUUGGGACAUACCAACGAUGCAUAAUGUACAGUCUGAGCACAAUGCAGGAGAACCAGUUGAAGAAACGGUCAACAAAACUGUGGCACCUGCAAAGGAGGAAAGUGCGUUCAGUAUCGGUUUCGAGAAACUCCAGACAGAAUAUUCCAAACCUCAUGAAGAACACCAAACAGAUGAACCAAAUCUGUCCAUUGAAGACCUAUUUGAGGAAGAUGCAAAUGAGCCCGAGGAGGUCAUCAAGAAGUCAACUACCCCCAAAAGUCGAGACCAACAGGAUUUUAUUUUUUCACUAAAUAAGCUAGAAAUGGAAGCCUCUAAACCACCUCUCCUCGCAACUGAAAAUAAGGGUGACCUGCCUAACGAAGAAAUCACACUGAACACGGUAAGCCCUGUGAAGUCCUCCUAUAAAAUUGGUUUUGAGCACAUUAGCCCCAAUGAAAAUAAUGGCCAGUACAAGUCCCCCAUAGAACACUCUUUAACAUAUGAAACACCAAGGUACUAUCCACUUGACCAGGACCAUAGUGCUGAAGUAGCAAAUAAGGAUGAAGAAACUGUAGAAAAGACCACAGUGCCAAAUGUUGAAAGUGACCUCCACUCUGCACUGAAGAAACUCCAAGCAGAAUAUGUCAAGCCUCAUAAAGAACACCAAACAGAUGAAUCAAAUCUGCCCAUUAAAGACAUAUCUGAGGAAUAUGCAAAUGAGUCAAAUGAGGUCAUCAAGAAGUCAACUGUCCCCAAAAGUCAAGACCAACAGGAUUUUAUUUUUUCACUGAAUAAGCUAGAAAUGGAAGCCUCCAAACCACCUCUCCUUCCAACUGAGAAUCAGAAUGACCUUCCUGAUGAAGACAUCACAAUGAACACAGUAAGCCCUGUAAAGUCAUCCUAUAAAAUUGGUUUUGAGCACAUUAGCCCAAAUGAGGCUGAAGAAACUGUAGGAAAGACCACCAUGCCAAAUGUUGAAAGUGACCUCAGUUCUGCACUGAAGAAGCUAGAACUUGAAGCACAAUCCAUCAAUGAAAAUGUGGAUCAAGACCAUGAAGAGCCAAACAUUAACUCAACUUCACAGACCAACAAGUCUGCGGUACAUGGCAUUUAUAUUAACUCUUCUAUAGCUCUGUCUCCUACUGAGGAGGAACAACCUGAUCUGCAAUUACCAUAUUCAAGCAGAGCUGGAAGAUCUGUAGCGUCAGUUGAGGAGCCCCCAAUAGAGGGCUUUUACGAGGCCAAACCAAUAUUUCAAAUAGAACUGCCAAAAUACACUGUUAACACUCAGGAAAACCUUCCAGUGAAAGAAGAGGAAGCCAUAGAGAGGACUGUUGUUAAAACCCAAGAAAACAGUGACUUUCCAAAUCAGUUAAUGCGUCUGCAAGACGAAGCAGCCACUGUUUCAGAAGAGCCAGAAGAUCCAUCAGUAGGUGACACGGUCAUAGUGUCACAGUUUCCAAACAGAAAAAUAAUUUCUAAAACCGUGUUCCCUAGCAUCGAAUCUUUACCUAGAUAUAGUUUUGACACAUAUGACGCUGAGGAAACAAAUAAGGUCCCAAGUAACGAUCCUUCUCCAUGGCGCAACCCAAAGGAUCCCAAUGAACAAAAGUCCCCGGUCUAUUCUCGGCUUGAGGAGCUGGCAAAACAUCCUCGGCCUGCUGAUAAAUCUGGCUCUUACCAGGGAAGCGCAAGAAAUGUGCUAUAUAAGAAGCCAGAAAGUUCUACUGGAGUAUCAAACUCUGAGCCAGGUAAGCCAGCUCCGACAAUUAGCUCAAGCGACUCCGCAUCAUCCAAACAUGAUAAAUAUACAUUUGAGGUUAUGAAGGCACAAGAUGAAUCCAUAAGUAAGGUUCUAGAUUGGUUUAGUCGAAGUUCUGACACUGGUGAUGAACAGUCACCAUCUGUAGGUUUGACGGAGGAAACAAAAAAUAGUCAACGACAACUACGUCCUCGUGUUGGUACAAGUGAAGAUGAAUCUGGAGCUGGUGUUGAGAAAGUAAGUGGUUGCUUAACACCAGAGGAGACUGAGUUCUUCUCAGAAUCUGAGCUUCCUAAAAUGGUUGGGAAUCCUCAAUCAAAAUUAUCAAUAGGCAACAUUGAGAAUAUCAGCGCUGAUCAAUCAAACAUACCAAAUGCGGAAUUUAUGACACCAGUUGCACCAACAGAAGAGGACUCCAUUCCACUUAAACAGGUCCAUUCUCAUUCAAAAGCUGAAGAACUCUUGGAAUUUGGAAAGAGUGGAGGUGGAUGUGGAAAGAUUAAUAACCACGUUGGCAAUGAUGAUUUUGUGGGAAAAGAUCUACAGAUGGUUUACAAGCCAGAUGUUGUUGAAAAUCACAAUGAGGGUAUAAAAGUUGAACUUGAAUCUGGCACGUUAAAGCCUCCAUUACCUGUUCAGCCUGGAGCAGGAGGGACUCCAGUAUAUACUGAAGAUGAAGAGCAGAAAGAAGUUGAAGUAACUUCAACAGGACCUACUAUUUUAGAACCAAGUGAUCCUCUUCAAAAUUCUAAAAAUCCAGAUGUUGAAAUUUACAAUGAGGGUAUUAAACUUGAACUAGAAUCUGGCACGUUAAAGUCUCCAUUACCUGUUCAGCCUGGAGCAGGAGGGACUCCAGUAUAUAAUGAAGAUGAAGAGCAGAAAGAGUUUGAGGUUACUUCAUCAGGACCUACUAUUUUAGAACCAAGUGAUCCUCUUCAAAAUUCUAAAAAGCCAGAUGUUGUUGAAAAUCACAAUGAGAGUAUAAAAAUUGAACUGGAAUCUUGCAUGUUAAAGCCUCCAUUACCUGUUCAGGCUGGAGCAGGAGAGAUUCCAGUAUAUAGUGAAGACGAAGAGCAGAAAGAGGUUGAGGUAACUUCAUCAGGACCUACUAUUUUAGAACCAAGUGAUCCUCUUCAAAAUUCUAAAAAUCCAGAUUUUGAAAAUCACAAUGAGGGUAUUAAACUUGAACUGGAAUCUGGCACGUUAAAGUCUCCAUUACCUGUUCAGCCUGGAGCAGGAGGUACUCCAGUAUAUAAUGAAGAUGAAGAGCAGAAAGAGUUUGAGGUUACUUCAUCAAGACCUACUAUUUUAGAACCAAGUGAUCCUCUUCAAAAUUCUAAAAAGCCAGAUGUUGAAAAUCACAAUGAGGGUAUAAAAAUUGAACUGGAAUCUUGCACGUUAAAGCCUCCAUUACCUGUUCAGGCUGGAGCAGGAGAGAUUCCAGUGUAUAGUGAAGACGAAGAGCAGAAAGAGGUUGAGGUAACUUCAUCAGGACCUACUAUUUUAGAACCAAGUGAUCCUCUUCAAAAUUCUAAAAAUCCAGAUUUUGAAAAUCACAAUGAGGGUAUUAAACUUGAACUGGAAUCUGGCACGUUAAAGUCUCCAUUACCUGUUCAGCUUGGAGCAGGAGGGACUCCAGUAUAUAAUGAAGAUGAAGAGCAGAAAGAGUUUGAGGUAACUUCAUCAGGACCUACUAUUUUAGAACCAAGUGAACCUCUUCAAAAUUGUAAAAAUCCAGAUGUUGAAAAUGACAACGAGGGUAUAAAAAUUGAAUUGGAAGCUGGCAUGUUAAAGCCUCCAUUACCUGUUCAGGCUGGAGCAGGAGAGACUCCAGUAUAUAGUGAAAAUGAAGAGCAGAAAGAGGUUGAGGUAACUUCAACAGGACCUAUUUUAGAAACAAGUGAUCCUCUCCAAAAUUCCAAAAAUCAGGAGUUGGAGAAACUUAACAUUACAAAAAAGAGAGUCAGUGAUAUUAAACAAUUCUGGGAAGGGGAAAAGCCAUCUCAAUCUGUACCAAAAAAGUUGAUCUUAAAAAGUACUUUUAGUCCAAAUGAACAGUCCAUUACUCCAAAUAGUUCUUUUGACAGUGAUGAUCAGAAUGGUUCAAGCAUUGUGACUUUUAAAAAGGUAAUGUUGGAAGAGGACGACGACGAUCAGUUAUCCCCUAUUGAUCAAUUGAAAUCCUUCUGGGAAAAUGAGAAAAGCAAAGAAAUUGUAAAAGGUCAUCCAGGUGGACCGGUAAUGAAGAUCAGAAGCUUGGACAUUGAAAAGGUGUCGCCUGUAGCAGAUCCCAGACCAGACUUUCGGAAGAGGUACAUUUUUAAUUUUAAUUCUGAAAUUGAACAGAUAACAGGUCCGGAAAGCAAUGCUCCUCAAAGAAGUGUUUCACUUGGGGAGAACAAAUACGAAGGUGGAAAACACCAGCCGAAAUCCAUCAACUUUCAGAGCUUAAGAAGCUUCUGGAGUGUGGACAGUAAUUCAAAGGGAAUCAACCCCCGAAUUCAAGCAUUGUCAGGAACCUCAAAUAGGCAGUUUAAUUCCAAUCCUGAUAUAAGAAGCAGAGAUCCAUUAAUAGCAAAAAUUAAAACUAAACUAGCUUCAAAGAGUUUAGAGAACAUUCGAGACAGUACGCCAGAUAGUUCUCAGCUUGAAUUAUAUGACCAAAAACAUGAUGGCAAACACAAAGUAUCUAUUCCUAGAAAAUUUAAUGUAGAAAAAUUUACUACGACAGACCCAAAUGAUUUAGUUCAAAAAAGUGAAAGGUUCUCUGCACCUAAGCAGCAAUUUGACAGUCAAGUAAAAAUUAAUACUCUAAAUAAAAAGGUAUCAGCAGAAAGGUCCCCUUCUGUAGAAUGUGAAUUUGGGGAUGCUAGUCCUGUUUUGCCUUCUAGUACUUCUAACAUUACAAUAGAAGUAAAGCAAGAUAAAACUGUUCCUAAACAGGCAAAGGAUAUUUUAAAUGAUGUAGAACGAGCACAAAACCCUGACUAUAGCAGUGACGAUGAUAGAGAAGAAUGUAAUAAACAACCUGAUCUCGUUACUUUACUACCGCAGCAAAAUAAUGUUAAAAACCUAAAAAACCCAGAACCUAGUUUGGAAGAAAAGAGUGUCUUGGUGUGUUCCAGUAGUGCAGAAGUUCCCGUAGCUAUAGAAAAUCCUUCAUGCGAUACAAAUCUAAAUAAAUUAUACAAUAUAUAUUCUACACCUGAUGAACCCAGUGGAACUGAAAUUACACCAAGUUACCAGAAUAGCGGUGAGUGCAAGGUUCAUGAACUAAACCCCUCAAAUUCAGCUGACCCAAUUCUUCAGCAAGAUUCCGAACCCAAGGUUGGUCUUCAAACUUAUGGUGCAGUCUCUGAUGAGAUUCCAUCCAAAACAGUUCAAGAAAUGUCAUCUGAGCAAUUGACAGAGGCUUCAGAAUUCGUAUUGAAAUCAUUUGCACCAAGAAGGGAUGACGUUUCAUUAAGUUUACAAAAAUUAAGAGAUGAAUGGACUGAUGACCAUUCUAGUUUGCCAAGAGAACAGGCAUCUGUAUCUUCGUUGACACCUAUCUUAUCAAGUAAAUCCAUCGAAAAUCAACUGGAGUUCCAAGAUGAAGAAAAUGGUGAGCAUAUAUAUUCUAACGUAACAAAUGACAGCAUUCCCAUAAAUUUUUUUGUAAAACAGGGUGGUUUUGAUAAUAGUCUGACAAAGUCUCCUGUAGAUACCGAUGUGUCUGGAUCGCCAGCAAACACUACCGAGAAAGAUCAUUCAGAAAGUGUCUAUGCUAUACGGAAAGAUACGUUGUUUGAUUCCAGUGACGAACCUAUUAAUGAAAAUGUUGGAAAAACUGUAGUUCCACCCAAAAAGGGUUUCAGUGACUUUGAUAAAGGAUUGCAAAAUCUUUACAAUGAAUCUUUGGAUGCACCAAUUAGCCCAAAUAAAAAUCUUCCAAAAGAUGAAUAUAUAGAGAUACAGGAACCUGGCCAAGGUAUUGGCGAGGUCUUAGCAGUCUCUUCAAGUGAAAAUGGCAGCAAAGUCCAAAGAAGUUCAAGUACAGAUAAAAAAUACACCACCUACCAGCCACUAAUAUUGAAUAUUUCAUCAAAAAAGACAGAUGAACGAAAUGAGGACCUGUCCACACCUUACACAAAAUCGUCUUCUAUCGCACAUCAUUCUGUUGAUCUUCCACAUGAUACGAUGCUUGAUCAUUUGGUCCAGGAAGGACGGAAAAAUGUAUCUUUAGACACCGUGGGUUCAGACUUGAGAGGGUCUUCUGAAUCUACGAACUUAAUUUCUGAAGAGCCUACGUCUAAACUAAAUGUUUCUUUUGCCAGGGAAACAGAGGUUUUGGACCCAUUGGCCCAAUCAAAUUAUAAAAAGGGAAACCUCAUUUUACCAGCAGCACAGAGUAUAAAAGAAAUUGAAGAAAGAAUUCCAAGUCCAAUUAUUCUGUCUAGAACUCCAUUUUUUCACUUUGAUGAGAGGCUAAAAAAGCUAUAUGAGGAGUCUUCUGACCUAAAACCUACUCUUACGGACACCAUGGACAUGGAGAAUGUGACACAGAAAAUUGAGCAUGAGCAAACAGCUGAUGUUUAUUUAUAUUCUAGUGAGCCAAAGACAACAAUUCUUAACUCUUUAAACUCAACUUUGGAUUCUCCUGAGACAAUGCCAGCUGACCGAGAGACCCUGAUUGUUAAAAGUGCUGACUCUGAUUCUCAGGCUCCGGAUAUCUUGGUACAGGAAGUGGAAGAGACAAUUGAGAAAAGUCAUGCACCAAAGACAAUACCGUCGUAUACUAAAAGAUUAGAAAAACUUCAAAGGGAGGCCAUGGAUGACGAGGAAGGAAGAUUGAUAGGAAACGUGCCUCCUAAUGCCAUGGCUACAAGUGAACUUCAGCCCAAACUGAAUGAAAAUGUUUUAAUAGAAAAUAGGGUUUCUGCAACUCCUCCUGAGGAAACAGAAGUUUUUGUCCAAGAAAAAAUGGAGCCUGACAGAUUUGAGGAAAGUCGAGAAUCUACUUCAGAAACAAAGCUGGCCUUUACAUCCUUGCAACAGAGCACUCCUGUGAAAGAAAAAAACAGCUCUUUACGGAGGAGUACACUGGAACUUUAUCUCGAGGCACCAUAUCGAAGGGAAAUAUCAAAAAGUAUUGAUUUUGAUCUUUCCGGAUAUAUUACUUCAGGAGUCGACAAAGAGAGAUGUAUGGAAGACUCAAACCCCAUUUUGAGCGCAUUGAAUAGGAGCACAGCUAAAACGCUUAACUCCAAAGCUGUUCAGGAGGUUUCCCCCACAAGUACAAAUGAAGUGAAAUUAAAGACCCCACACCUAGAAGCCUUAGGUGUAAUCAAACUCACCUCGAUUAAUGCAAAGGGUCUCAACACCCCCGAGAAAAGAUCCCACUUACUUCGGACACUACGAUCCGACGGAGUGGAUGUGGCUCUAAUCCAGGAGACACAUUUUAAGAUCUCUGCUCGAGGCCCCUCCUUGGUAAAUCAAAAAUAUCCCCUGGCUUUCUACUCCAACAACCCUGAAGAUGCCUCUAUUGGCUCCAUUACGUGGUCGGACCAUGCUCCAGUAUCCUUGUCCCUAUCGGCCCCAUCUCGUGCCCUCGGUCCUUGGACCUGGCGCCUUAAUGAAUCGCUCCUAUAUGAUGCAUAUUGUAAAUCAGAAUUGGACAAGACACUGUCCGAGUACUUUGAUAUCAAUGACACAGGAGAAGUAUCCGAAAUUACGAUUUGGGAGGCCCACAAAUGUGUUAUACGGGGUAAACUGAUCCAACUAGGUUCGUUUGUGAAGAAAAACAGUCAGGCCUUGAUCACUACAUUACUACACAAAAUUCACACCUUAGAAACACGCCACAAAACCUCCCUGACACCAUCGGACUUGACGGAGCUAUCCGCGGCCCGAGCACAACUCCGAACAACCCUCAAUAACAAAACCGAAGCCUCCCUGCGUAGAUGUAAUAGUAAAUAUUAUAAGUGGGGGAAUAAACCAGGCAGGCUCUUGGCCCAGGCACUUAGAACCCAGAGAUUGGCCUCCUUCAUCCCAUCAAUGAAAAACAACACGGGCUCCACAUGCUUUAAAUCCCCAGAGAUAGCAGCAUGCUUUAAAAGCUACUAUAAUACCCUAUACAACCUGGGUAACCCUUCCCAGGCCCAUGACCCUCUCUCCAAUAUGUUAAGAGCCAGGAAAUAUCUAGCCGAUGUGGCAUUUCCUCAACUAUCAAAAUCUGCCCAGAAAUCUUUAGAAGCACCUUUUACUUUAGCCGAGGUGGACCAUGUUAUCUCUAUCGCUCCCCUACGUAAAAGUCCGGGCCCAGAUGGCUUCACAGCCACCUACUAUAAGAUGUUCAAAGAAAUGCUGGCUCCCAAAUUACUGCAGGCCUUUAACUCCAUAUCCGCCGAGACCCACUUUUCUAGACAAUCACUUGAGGCCCAUAUCACGGUGAUCCCUAAACAAGGAAAGGACCCCUCAGUGUGCUCCAGCUACAGGCCAAUCUCCUUGCUUAAUAUAGACCUCAAGUUCUUCGCGAAACUAAUGGCUCUUAGACUGAAUGAAUUUCUCCCGUCGCUCGUCCAUAACGACCAAGUGGGUUUCGUACCCGGUCGGGAAGCGAAAGAUAACACGACUAAACUCCUCAACCUAAUCCAUUUGGCCUCCAGCAGUAAGAUAUCUACUGUACUACUGUCCACAGAUGCCGAAAAGGCCUUUGACAGGGUAAAUUGGGACUUCAUGAGAGCGGUGCUGGAGCACAUCGGGUUGGGCCCACAAGCUCUUCAUAGAAUAUUAUCUUUGUAUACACAACCAUCAGCAAAGGUACGGGUUAAUGGGACUCUCUCUGAUAACUUUCUAAUUAGUAAUGGAACGAGACAGGGCUGUCCUUUAUCCCCCCUGAUCUUUGUCCUUUGUAUUGAAGCCCUGGCCAGGGCAAUCAGGACUAAUGACAAGAUUAAGGGACUACAAGUAGGGGAUAUAGAUUAUAAGCUUGCUCUAUUUGCAGAUGAUCUGCUGGCGACAGUCACAGACCCCACACACUCACUCCCCAACCUGAUGAGCGAGCUAGACAUUUUCAGCUCACUAUCAGGUUUUAAAAUCAACACAUCCAAAUCCUAUGCUCUUCAUAUCUCAACCCCCCAUUCGGUUUUAACUGGCUUGAAAGCUACGUUUCCUUUUCAGUGGAGGGACUCCCACAUUACAUACCUGGGAGUUCAACUAUCCAGCGAUUCCUCACGUUUACUGUCCUUGAACUUCCACCCCAUUCUCCAAGCCGUUAGAAACGACUAUUGCAGAUGGCAAUAUCAUAAUCUUUCUUGGCUUGGUAGAAUCAAUGUUGUAAAGAUGAACACACUACCCAAAUUACUUUAUCUCCUUCAGACCUUACCGAUUCAGAUCCCCGACUCUUGGUUCCGGACUGUGAGAUCUUUGAUCCAGCAAUUUAUAUGGCGUCGUAAGAGACCCAGAAUCAAAAGGUCAAUCCUGACUCGACCUCCCCAGAAAGGGGGCUUUCUAUUACCAGACAUUGAAAUCUACUACCAAGCAAUUCUCCUAAACAGAGUCUUGGAUUGGACCAGGAGCCGGGAGAUUAAGCAAUGGGUGGUCUUAGAAGGUUCAUGCGUGCAGUUGUUCCCAGAAAUCUUCCCAUGGCUCCCGACCUUACCCAAAUUACUACACCCUCACCCGACCAUAUCUCCUACACUUUCUUUCUGGAAGAGGACACGACAAAGAUCGUGCAUCUCUUCUGUUUUUGGCCCCCUCACCUCUUUUCUGAGUAAUCCGACCUUCCCACCGGGCCUCUCAUUAGGAUAUUAUCGAAACUGGGCGUUGGAGGGACUCUUUAGAGUGGGGCAGUUGGUCCACCCAUCCGGGGUUAAACAGUUCUCGGAGAUACGAGAGAAGUGGGAGAUCCCACAGAGAGAUUUCUGGAAAUUCCUACAGAUCCGUCACUUCCUACAUACAAAUAAUGCAUACCGUGAGGCAUCAAGGGAGCUGACCGCGUUUGAAAAAAUGUGCGUGGCCCCCAUGAAUCCAAUACACACUGUCUCCACCCUGUACAAACUUCUAUGUGCGUCUGACUCCCUGACACCCCCCCAUUUUAUUCAAAAGUGGGAAAGAGAUCUAAACAUCUCACUCUCGGAUAAGGAAUGGGACUCUAUCUUUCUUAAAACUCAUAAGAGCUCCAUCUGUAUCCAAACUCCAGCAGCCGGCAUCGGAUUAGAGAACAGAGGAGAGAUCAAACUGGCUCUAAAAUAUAAUCCAUUGUCACCCACUGGAACAGGUACAAAGGCGGUUACUACCGGGGAAGUACACAUCUGGAUCAAAGACUGCCUCCAGCUCCCCAUGCUUCGUGAAAACAAAAUAAACUCUUUCGUAAAAUGUACGAUACUUCCUGACACCAGCAGGAAAAGUCGCCAGAAAACACGGACUGUGGACAAAACCACCAAUCCUAUUUUUAACCACACAAUGGUUUAUGACGGCUUCAAAGAAGAGGACUUGAGAGAGGCAUGUGUGGAACUCACAGUGUGGGACCAUAACAGACUAUCAAAUCACUUCAUUGGAGGUCUACGGCUAGGCCUCGGAACAGGAAAGAGUUACGGGACAGCUGUAGACUGGAUGGACUCGAGCCAUGAGGAAACCACAAUGUGGGACAGGAUGAUUACCUCUCCCAACACCUGGGUUGAGGGCUUGCUGCCACUGCGGAUGUUUAAGAUGGCCAAAAUAGCCAAAUAAAUGGGAAAUAUAGGUUAUCCUUACGUCGUAAUCCAGCACUGCGAUCACUUUUAUACUAUAAACCUCAUUUGCUUUUUGUGAAUGUAAACAGAUAAUGUCUUUACUCAAGAGCCAAAAAGCUGUGUCAUGUCCUCUACUGUGUACGUCCUGAGUGGUGGUCCGGCUGGAAGACUGCUACACGGAGAAGGCUCUGCAACUGUGGAACUGCAUAAUGUUCCAUUGUUUUUUUUCUUGUUUUUUAACUGUGGUACAAUGGGAACUUGAUUAGAAAGAGAUAAUGAAGUUUUUACAUAUAACUCCAAGUGGGAAAAAGUUGUAUUUUGUCCCCCGCUGCUAUCUUUUAGAAAACUUUUGGAAUGGGUGACGUAUCCUUUUUCAUUUUCAUCCUGUUCCGCAGUCCCUGUGUCAUUAGGGCUCACACAAAAUGGAAGCUGUCUUGCUCCUAGACGGUUUCUCUACCUUAUUGGGAACUUCCUAUAGAAAAUGGGGAGAAAGGUGUAAAAUAUGGUAAAUAUGGAUCGCUAUAAAUAUAUUUAAUUUUUAUUGCAUCAUGGCGCAUAUGAUUUUCAAGCCUGUGGGUGACAUGGUUAAAAUUGUCCAAUUUUCACUUUGGCAUAUGUUCAUUAUUUCUGUACUUUUAAAUGUAACACUUAAGUGUCUGCUAAAUAUGCACUUGUGUAAUGGGUUUUGUACAAAAUGAAAGUGUCAAUAUUUGGGGAAAAUGAAGUUUGGAAUAGAAAUGUGUAUAUAUGUAAUUAUCUCAAUAAAAUGAUUGCCACACAA